GUCAUGCCGCCUCCCGCUCCGAAGAGAUCGCGAUGUCGCCUCUCGCUCCGGGAGCGAAGGCCUCGCGUUUCGGCCGCGAACGAAGGGGAAUCAGCAGUCGGUCCUCCGGGGGCAGAGGCGACAGAAGCCCAGGCCUUAUUCCGGGAUGACGCGGCGUCGCGGCCCAGCCUCGUGAACAAGUUGUCGCGGCGGCAUCGGCGGGCGAAGGCCGGCGGCGAGGGAGCGGCCCCCAGAGCCCCCGGGACCGGCGAGGGAGUGCCGUCCGGGACCGGCGAGGGAGCGGCCCCCGGAGCCCCCGGGACCGGCGAGGGAGCGCCGUCCGGGACCGGUGAGGGAGCGGCCCCCGGAGCCCCCGGGACCGGCGAGGGAGCGCCGUCCGGGACCGGCGAGGGAGCGGCCCCCGGAGCCGGAUGGCGGGACGCGGGGUCCCCGCCCUACUACCUGGCGAACUUCCUGACGGUGUUGGACGCGGUGCUGCGGAGCCCGGACGCCGAGCUGUUGAGUGAGGAGGACGGGCACUGGAUCCGGGUGUUCCGGCGCCUCUCGGCUGCUGGCCAGAAACUCUAUGUGAGGCUUUUCCAACGGAAGCUUAAUUGGCUGAAGGUGAACCGGCUGGAUUAUGCUGAAAUUGGCCAGGAUCUGAGGCCCGUCAUCAGUGAGCUAGCCCUCGCUGGUUUGGUUCAGACAGGCACUGAGCUGCAUGAUGUCUCUGAUGCCCUGGACCUGCUGUCGGCCCCCGAGCUCAAACUGUUGGCUAAACACUUUCAUUUGCGACCCCAGGGUCAGAGGUCAGAGGUCCUCGGGUCCUUGCUACGACUGGCCAAGCAGCAGUUAAUCUUCAGCUCGAACCGGAGUCUUGGCCCUGCCAUCCUGAACAGGGUGAAGGAGAUGGUCGGACAGUGUGUGAGAGUCACUGUGGUUGCUCGUGCUGUGUUCUCACGAGUGUUGCUACUUUUCUCUCUGACGGAGCCAACAGAUGAUGAAGAUGCAGCCUGUGCGGGUCAGAACCAACUGUCCACGGUGCUCAUGGUCAACAUGGGCCGGAUCACGUUCCCCAGAUACACUGUCCUCAGGGAGGCCAGAAUCUUCCAGAACAGAGAUGACUUGCUCAGGUAUGAUGCGGCUUGUCACACUCUGGCUGAGGUGGGAACAGCAAUGGCCAACAGGGCCUGGAGAGACGCUCUUAAGAUUUAUAAAGCUGCCAAAAAGACGUGGAACAAACUGGAGAACAGCAGUGACAUCAGGUUCUGUCAGGAGCUGCCGGUCUACCUGAGAUGUUUCACUGCAGGAUGGGUCUACACGAGGAUCCGCUUCAGAGGGGUUGAAAUUCUACAGCGGCUUCAUAUGUACAAGGAGGCUGUGGAGGAAUUGAGGAGCCUCCUGGACCAGAGCGCCUUUUGUCCAGAGAGUCGUGGCCGCUGGUGGGAUCGACUGACUCUGAAUCUCCAGCAACAUCUGAAACAGACGGAUCAGGCAAUCCACUGUUUGCGGGAGGGUCUGGCUGAUGCACGUGUGCACACAGGACAUCGGCUGGCACUACAGCAGCGAGCGCAGCGGAUACGUGACUCUCCGACCUGCAGGAAAUGGCAUCACCUUCUUCAGGACCUGCCUGUGAUGCAAGUGGAUAAAGUGCCACAUGUGACAAUAAAGGGCAGGACCUGCCCAGGGAUGGGUAACGCCUUCUUUCUGAUGGAGGAGCAAUCUCAUUCUACAGUCAUCUGUUCCGUGGAGGCAGUGUCCCUGGCCCACUACCAGCAGCAAGGCUUUGAUCAGGGGAUCCAUGGUGAAGGAGCCACAUUUUUAACACUAUUUGGACUUCUCUUCUGGGAAAUCAUCUUCCUACCUGGAAUCCCUGAUGUUUUCCGGAGUCCAUUUCAGACUUGUCCAUUGGAUCUGUACACAGACUAUUUCUAUCAACACCGGAAGGAACACAUUGAAUCGAGGCUCAGGUUCCUGCAAGGUACCUCCACAGAGACCCUCCACACACUCAUCGCUGAUGUGUGGAACAGUUACAAAGACACAGCUGCUGCAUUAAUUAACUGGGAGAUCUUCAGCUCUCUUCAGCAGGCUCAGAGCCUCGUGAGCUGCCUUGGUGGUCUGUUCCUGAGCGGCAUUUGUAAGAUUCUAGCUGAGGACCUGAGGCAUUGCCGUGGGGGUCUUCCUGAUCUUGUGGUAUGGAACAGCCGGAGCCUCCAGUACAAGCUGGCAGAAGUGAAGGGACCGAACGACCACCUGUCCCACAAGCAGAUCAUCUGGUUGGAUCGGCUGCGCAAACUUGGGGCUGCCGUUGAAGUUUGCUACGUUAGUGCAGUUGGAGCACGCGGACAGCAACUCAGCUGAACCCUGUGCAAGUGUGACUUGUCCCUGAACUCCUGUACCCUACAUCCUUGCACUCACCACCAGCCCUGUUAAGUUUCAGAUAAUUAUCUGAUGAACAGGGUUUUUAAAGUUGGUACACAGGAUACUGCGUUAUAAAAGUGAGGUCUGUGUUUGAAUGGCUCAGUUCCUUGGAGCUGUUACUCUGAGGGACAGGGUGGCUGUGACGAAAGCUCAGGGCUUGAAUGAAGAGAGCUGGUGCCUGCAGGACCCAGUGCAGUCAGGGGGACUCAGCCUCUUAAGACAAGCAGCUGGAGUUGGUACAGCUUCUGAUCAAUGUAUGAACAUCUCCAGCUUUACAAAGUGCAUCAACGUGCAAACAGAAUUUGUCAUGAUUACCAGGUCAGUCCUAUUCAUGCAAUACAUUCAUUGAAAUGGCUGUAGUACUCAUUAAAGCUUUUAAAUGCCUAAAUAAAAAUUAA